UUUACCGGUUGAAAUUUUCAAGAUGGCCUCUGUCGGACCAAGGCUAGGAAGGGAACUGUCUUUCACGGGUAGGAUUUGGAAAGCUUUCCAUGAGUGGUAUAUCUAUGCUUGUGGUUACAGACAACUUGGUCUUCGCAGGGGUGACUUGCUGAAUGAGGAUGACCCUGAUGUGAAAGAAGCUGUAAAACGUCUUUCCCCUGAAGAUUUCAACCUGAGACAGUUCCGUAUUAAGAGAGCUCUUGAUUUGACAAUGAAACAUACCAUUCUACCCAAAGAGCACUGGACAACAAGUGAAGAGGACACAAUGUAUAUUCAACCUCUCAUUGACCAGGUCAAGAAGGAGCGCAUUGAAAGAGAAAUGUGGGACCACAAGUGAACAUCAUCAGUGUGUUUGUGUGCAUCCUUGAAGGGAUUGUUAAUUCCUCCACAAAUUACUUUCAGCUGUGGAAAUUUUGUAGCUUUCAAACAAAUUGUGUUCAGGUUUAACUUGUAAGGGAAAUGUGAAGAAGAUUGUCAUAAUUUGAUUUACAUCACCUGUAAUAAAGAAUGAAUACUACUGUUAA